GACAAGUUGACACUUCACAAACAUGGCGUCUCAGCAAAGCGAAGUGGAUGAGCUGUUCGAUGUGAAAAACGCGUUUUACAUAGGCAGUUAUCAACACUGCAUUAACGAAGCUCAGAAAGUAAAGACUUCAGGGCCAGAAAAGGAAUCGGAGAAGAACAUUUUCCUUUACAGAGCUUAUAUUGCCCAGAGGAAGUAUGGUGUGGUACUGGAUGACAUAAAGCCCAGUUCUACUGAGGAGCUGCAGGCUGUCCGAAUGUUUGCCGAGUACCUGUCCAGUGAGGGGAAGAGGGAUGCAAUAGUAGCAGACCUGGAUAAAAAGAUAUCUAAGAGUGUCGAUGUUUCCAACACCACCUUCCUGCUGAUGGCGGCUUCCAUCUACUUGCAUGAAAUGAACACAGAUGCGGCAUUACGUACUCUGCAUCAGGGAGAGAGUCUGGAGUGCAUGGCCAUGACUGUCCAGAUUCUACUAAAGUUGGACAGAGUUGAUAUGGCAAGAAAAGAGCUAAAGAAGAUGCAAGACCAAGAUGAAGAUGCUACUUUGACUCAACUCGCUACAGCCUGGGUCAACCUUGCGAUUGGUGGAGAAAAGUUGCAGGAUGCCUUCUAUAUCUUCCAGGAAAUGUCAGACAAGUACUCGCCCACGCUGCUGCUGCUAAACGGUCAGGCUGCCAGUCACAUGGCUCAGAAUAAGUGGGAUGAGGCGGAGUCAGUUCUACAGGAUGCUCUGGACAAAGACAGCGGCCAUCCGGAGACACUCAUCAACCUCAUUGUGUUGACACAACAUAUGGGCAAACCAUUUGAGGUUACAAAUCGAUAUUUGUCUCAACUGAAAGAUGCACACAAGUCGCAUCCUUUUAUUAAGGAUUAUCUUGCUAAGGAGAAUGAAUUUGACAGGCUUGUCAUGCAGUACGCCCCCAGCGCCUGAAAUAGUACCCAGUUUUAAUUUAUACGUCUCCUAUGGUGCACCCCAAUGUUAUUUCUUUCAUUUCUUUUAUGCCUUUAAACAAAAAUGCAUCCAGCUCCUUGUCUUUCUCAAAUUCCCUAAUGCUCUGUCUACAUUCCUAUAUGAUGGUUUAAUAAACAGGUUGGUUUAUCA